AUGAACAAGUCUGCCUCUGUUGUCUUCCGAAAGAUCGCUACGAGAUCAUCCUCUUCCCUCAUCGUAUCGACUCAUCAAUCCAGAAAUUUCUCAUCCCAAUGCUCUUCUAAUUUUGCUGAACAAAGUACUUUCAAGAAGGGUGUUUUGCUUGUUGGUAGACCUGGUGCAGGAAAGGGAACUUAUGCAAGUCGUGCUGCUGAACAAUUAAACAUUCCUCACAUUGCUGCCGGAGACAUUAUCAGAGAAGAGAUCAAGAACAAGACCAAGAUUGGUUUGGAGAUGCAAUCCUACACUUCCAAGGGUGCUUUGGUUCCUGAUGAAUUGGUCAUUGAUCUCUUGGUGAACAAGAUCACUCAGAGUGUUGCUGGAACUGGAAAGGGUUUCAUCUUGGACGGAUUCCCACGUACCAUUAGUCAAGCCAUUAAACUUGACUCACUCUCCGACAAGAUUAAACUCGAUCUCGUUCUCAACUUGCAUCAAGAUGAGGAUAUUAUCAUUGCCAAGAUUAGUAACAGAAGAGUUUGCUCCAAUUGUGGUCAAGUCUACAAUUUUGCUCACAUCAAGAGAGAUGGUUUGGACAUGCCUCCAUUGGUUCCAAAGGUUGAGGGAAUUUGUGAUGGUUGCGGAGCUAAGGACUCACUUGUUCAAAGAGAUGACGAUCGUGAAGAAGUUGUACAAAAGAGACUUGUUGAAUAUGACAAAUUAACUUCUCCAUUGUUGGAAUUCUAUCAAAAGAAGGGUCUCCUCAAGACUUUUGUUGUCAAUGGUGGUGCUAAGGCAUUGAUGCCAUCAUUCCUCAAAGUUCUCACUGAAUAA